GGAUGGAUGGAAUAGACCGAUCAAGGUAUAGUGUUGAAUAAAGGGGAUGUGCUUGUUUUCUUUUGUCAGGGAACUUAAAAAGAAGAGGCUGUCAAGAUGCCUGAGACUGGCGGCGCAUCAGUUGUUCCCAAGAAGGGYCUGACACUCGAUGACCUCAUCGCGGCCAUCGACCAACAUGAAAGGAACCCGAGCAACAUCCCAAAGGUCGAUACUUUCCAUUUCUGUGGGGAGAGAGUCUCAGAAUGGCUARAGCGGGUGGAACAAGMUUUGGUCRGGCGGCCGGAUGUUGUAAAGUUUCAACGCAUCCUUCAGUAUGUCCUCCACAGCUACCAUCAGGAGGUGAAGAAAGUCAUAGAUGCGGCUCAAGGUAGGUGGGAGGGGUUCAAGGAGGGAAUGCGGAGGAAAUACCGCCUGGGACACGGGUUGUUGACUACCACGGACCUUGAAGCGAUGAACAAAGAGGAUUUUACGACUAUAGGGGCCUUUGUUCAAGAAUUUAAGAAGAGGGCGCGGAAGGUCUAUGGGAUUUCGGAGGAAGCACAGUGCGCCAUCUUCCUGGGGCUACUCACAGCAUCGGAGACCGUCGAAUUGACGAGACAUGGAGGAGGUAGCACUAAGCUCACCUGGGCCACCAUUGACAGAGGGGUGAAAGUUGGGUGUUUGGACCAGGUGGAGCAACGUCAGGUACGCCUGCAAAGACAGAAGAGAAAGGAAAGAGAUGCGACCGCUUCUGGGACCCCAGGAAAAACAAGGAUUGUUACAGACGUAUUAGCACAGCUAGGGUAUGCGACAGAGCCGGUGGUGCAAAGGAGGGUGGUGACGGCUGCUAAAGUAAAAGGAAAAGAGCCAGUGAUAGAGGAGGCUGGUCAGGAGGAGCUCUGGAAAGAGGAAGAGCCCGUGCCGCAGCACCUGACGAAGGUCCAACGCAAAGUGCGUAAUUUGGCGCAGGGCGGACAGGGAUCAGGAAAAGCGCAGGCGCAUCAGGCCCCGGUAGCAGCCCCUUUAAGUAUGGCGGCUCCAUCAUCUACUACGGGCCCCUCUCAAGGACAGUGGCCCUGGCCGGUGAUCAACGCAAUUGUGCCAUGGGGAAGCAUGCCGCCAGUAGCCGGACAACAAACGAGUAUGCCACCACCCAUCUACCCCGCGGCCCAGGCCCAACUUGUGGCCCCGCCACCGUCACCUGAUCCCAGUUCACAGGGCAGUGUUGUAGGAGGUGGGAACCAGGCGCAGGGCAAUCAAGGCAGUGAAGGGAGGGGUGGAGGAAAGGGGCGAGGCAAGAAUGGCGGCGGAAGAGGAAGGCAAUGGAAUGGCCAAGGUCAGGGGUACCAAGGCCAAGGGAGUCAAGGCCAGGGGUACCAAGGCCAAGGGAGUCAAGGCCAGGGGUACCAAGGCCAAGGGAGUCAAGGCCAGGGGUACCAAGGCCAGGGCCAUCAAGGCCGGGGGGAUCAGGGAAGUCAGGGGUAUGGAAGACCCCGCUUUGACUGGAGGACGGCCAUCUGUCAACAUUGUGACCAGCAGGGCCACACUAUAAGGUUCUGUAAUAUAAGACGGGAAGACGAGAGAAGCGGACUGAUUUCCUCUAGUAUGGAUGGGAAUAUCUACGAUCAGUUUGGGGAGGCCAUUGACAGAAGGCUUGGAAGAGUGAGGGCUGAAGCCCAACGAAGAGCGGCAGCUGGGCCACCACCCCCUGCCAUGUUCACGCUAUGGCAGGAAAAGGAGAAACCACCGUUUGGGGUGGAAGAAGUGGGGAGCGAUGAGGAAGUGACCCAAGGGCUACGAGGAGGAAGUGAGACGGAAGAGGCGAUAAUCAUUGAGUCAGAUGACGAGGAUGAGGAGGAAAGAACGGAGCCUCUGUCCGUCUUAUUUGAGAAGAUGGAGGACUUGCUGGAUAAGAUGGGGAGGUACGUCGAAAGGAGCGGCGCCGCAGUCGCGAUCGAGGGAAGAGCAAAGGACAAAAGAAGCACAGAUUCCUACGGAGCGAUUUCUCUAGAAAUAGCAAAAACCCGUGAAUCUCUGGAAUGGCUCACCGGUGGCGCGCAAUUUCCAGAUUACCCUUCCCUGCUUGAUUUGGCCAAAUACUGGCCACCCCUAUUCGGGGUUCGGUCCUGUUGGACCCCUACAGAUGAAGAGGCCUUAGGAGGCCUUGAAAUUCUUGAAGAGCCCGUCCUUGAGAAAGAGGUCCUUUCGUGGCUGCCGAACUCUUCUGAAGUUCUUGCUGGUGCACCUGGGCCUCAAAAGCAUCCUGAUACGGACGCAUUGACUACAAAACCGACCGAUCUGGCAUCCUGCCCUGAUGCCGAAAGAGCGAGCACUACUGUCUCCGAAAAGCUCGUAGCGGACUCUACUUCUGUGUUCAUGGAACAGCGGAGGAUGACACUGGUGUUCGUAGGGGCGGAGACUGCGCCGUGGUCCAAGGUCGGAGGUCUGGGYGAUGUGAUGGGCGCCCUUCCACCGGCGCUCGCUGCUCGUGGACAUCGCGUGAUGACGAUAUCUCCGCGUUACGAUCAGUACCACGAUGCUUGGGACACCAACGUCACUGGGCAGGCWGCACUCCAGGCGCCCUUGCUCCUCCACUUGGCGGAGGGCACGGGUAUGUCGUCCCCAUACGGGGAAGAUGUGGUUUUCGUCGUCAAUGAUUGGCACGCCGCCCUUGUUCCUGUAUACCUGAAGAGCAGAUUUCAGUCCACAGGCACGUACGCAAACGCCAAGCGUACGUGGAGGUGUUCCACUCUGGUGGAUGCUCGAGCGUACGUGGAGGUGUUCCACUUUGUGCUGUGCAGCGAGUCAGUGGAGUUAGCACUUUGUGCUGUGCACGAGAAGUCUGCAGAGCACCUGCAGGUACUGAAUUGGAUGAAAGCGGGAUUCGAGUACUCCGAUUUGCUGCUGACGGUCAGUCCCUCGUACGCAGCCGAGGUCGCUACAGAGCACGAGCGUGGCGCAGAUCUUCAAGACCUGAUUUCAAGAAAGGGGAUGCUUGGGAUAAUGAACGGCGCAGAUGUGACGGAGUGGAGUCCCGUCAAUGACAAGUUCCUGCCUCAGAGAUACGACGUCGACUCGGUGUUUGACGUCAAGCCCUCAUUGAAGCGGCAGUUGCAGGCGGAGGCAGGUUUAGCAGACCGUCCGGAAGUUCCUUUGUUUGGGUUUAUGGGACGGCUCGACGAGCAGAAAGGAUCGGACAUCUUGGCAGCCGCCAUCCUUAAGCUCGUGGACAGUGAGGAAAAGCGCAGUUCAUCAUGUUGGUGCGGAACGGGCAAGGCUCAGUAUGAGAAGCAGCUGCAAAAUUUGGAGAACAGGUUUCCCGAACAGGUGCGGGCAAUGACGAGGUUCAGUCCCCGACUGGCCCACAUGAUCGUUGCUGGGUGUGACUUCAUGGUGCUGCCCAGCCGCUUCGAGCCUGCCGGACUCGUUCAGCUGCACGCCAUGCUCUACGGCACGAUUCCAGUUGUCGCAUCGACAGGCGGUUUUCUGGACUCCGUGCGCGACGGUGUGACCGGCUUGCACAUGGGGAAGUUCGGCGUCAAGCCGGAAGGAGGAGCAGAGGACGUCAUCAAGGCUGUGGAGGGAUUAAAGCGGGCAAUCGGGGUGUUUUCGACCCCUCACUUCAGAAGCAUGGUUGUGGCUGCCAUGUCGCAGGACGUCUCCUGGAAGGGUCCUGCCCGGGCUUGGGAACAAGCGUUGUUGAGUGUGUCUAAGGACGCACGGAAGGAAGGAAGAGAGACGAGUGAGGUGUUUCCCGGAGAGAAGGUGGAGGAACACCUCCCAGCGAAGGGUGCGGCCAAGGAGACUCUGGCUGCAACCGCCAGGGGGGGAAGCCAGGUCGCCGACUUUGCCGUUGGGAAGCGGUUCUACGCAGGACUGGGCGGCGACAGGGGGGUGGAGACGCCGUGGUCUUACACGUCACUUCUGAACGAGGGGUUGUGCGAUGACGAUGGCGAUGCAGCAGUCGAUCUGAGCUUUCAUCUGUCGAGCAGCAGCGGAGCAGCCACAACGCACACUCGGAUCAUCAAUCCCCCACCGGGUGGGGAUUGCACGGAGAACACGCAAGGCGCUGUCUGCGGCCCACGAGACGGCGGUCUGCCUCAAUCGGUUCGCGACGGUGGAGGCGAUUGCAAUAACUCAACACCGAGCGUCGGUGGAGGAUUUAGUGCGCGUAAACGACCGGACUGGAUGCGCUUGUCGCCUGCGGCGAGAAGCGGACCCGGCGCUACUCGAGGGCGGCAGGCGGCGGAGGAUUUGAUUGGGGGAGUUCCGGACGUGCAACGCGAUGGCAGGCAGGUCUGGGAAGAAUGCAGGCAGGACUUGCAUCGAGGUGAAAUGGAGACGAUCACCAGAGGGGUGCAACGACUGCACGUCGACGAAGUGGAAGACGCGGUCGUUGAUGAGGGGCAGGGGUGUGACGACGUGGACGGCGACGACGGUUGCAAGUCCGACGAUUUACCAUACAUUAGGCCGCUUGGGAGGAGGGCGACGAGAGGCGGAUCCUGUGCUAAGAAGGGCCCCGCCACGAAACCGAGACGGGCGAAGAACAUGGAUGACGAUGGUGAGGGCGGCCGGAAUUUCUGGUCGGUGGGAGACAUUGUCUCGCUCGUGAGGGCGAAAAGGGAUCAAGAUCUGUAUAUCGCCGGGCUGGGGACUAGUUUCCCCCGCAUGAAAACGGCCGCGUGGAAGUGGGAGGACGUGCGGGUGAGGUUGCAGGCGACGGGAGUGACGAGGGAUGCCGUCGACUGCGGGAAGAACUGGGACAACUUGAUGCAGCAAUUCAAGAAGGUGCACAAGUUUCAGAACCUCUCCGGCGGGAAGGACUACUUCAUGCUUGCUUCGAAGGACAGACGAUCGGAGGGCUUCAGCUUCGUCAUGGACCGGAGCGUGUACGACGAAAUGGAGGCCAUGACGAAGGGGGAUCACACGAUCCACGUGGAAGUUGUCGUCGACGUAGGCGACAAGGACAAUGAGCCAUUGGAAAGCCGCAGGCAGCGAAAUGCAAUGCAAGGUGCCACAACGACAGGAGUAAGGAUACGCGCCGUGCAUGAAGAAAGGGCACCUCAGGGCGCCAUGCCAUCCACGCCGUCACAGCCACGACCACGCAACACGGCUGCAGAUGGAGGGUCUACUCAACGCGGGGGAGGUGAGGUGGCCCAGCAAGAAGCGCGCGUGGCGAGCGCUAGUGCAGGCGCGGGGUCCUCGGGCAAUGUCGCUGUCGUGGCGGGGGCGAGAGAGGAGGUUCCUAUUGUGGAGCGGGAGGUUGCGCGUGGCGAGAAUAAGGGCGAAAAAGAGGACGACGACCCUCUUUUAAGCCGGGAGCAGAGGGGAGGGUUGGCGAGACAUCUUGCCGACCGUGCCCGCCUGUGGGUCGACGACAAAGCAUUCUGGACAAUGGGGGAGGGGCGCCGGCUCUACGACAUCGUCCACCGAACGCGGAAGCACUUCGAGGCCAUUGCCAGCGGGGUGCAAGCGCCCGUCGUGUCCAGGAGCGUCGUCAUGCCGAAAUCCGCGACGACCCUCACAGGGAUUGCUGAUCCCGCUCAACUACAGCAAGCGAUCAUCCGCAGGGUGGCUGCAGAGAACAUAGUUCUGCGCGUCUUGCAUGGGUGGGUGUUCAAGUCAGGAAACCGCCCCCGCGGAUACAAUCUCGCUUUCCAGUACGCGUUGGAGUCGGUGGCGACGGACCUUGCGCGCGUUAUGUGGUACGGCGAGGAGUGGAGCAACGUGGUGAGCGUGCCCGUUUGCACGCACACGAUCGACCUCAAUAUGGACUUGCCACUGUGGUUUGCGGGGGUGAACAUCGACGACAGGCCAGAGGAGGACGACAUGGCUGCGUACCAGGAGUUGUCCGUCAUGUGCGUCGUGCAUGCAUUUCGCGCCGCCGUGCAAAUGGGUGGCAACGUCGACAGUGGGUUCAUAUUGCACGAUCGUCUGUCGAGGAUCGCAGAUUGCUUCAGGAUGUUGUUGGCUGCCUGCAUGUGGUUGAUGCGCAUGGCGGGAGACGAUCAUCGUAGCCACUACGAAGCCUUCUACUUUGCGCAACUGGUCGCAAAGCCCACGCUGAUCGCGUCCAUGCAUCGCGCCUUCGAUCAUCGAAGGUCCGUCAUCCGAGCGACGAACGUCGUCACGGAGAGACUGGGGAAUGUGAACGCCACCUUAGGAGAGUACCCGAAGUACAUCCCCGAUUGGGCUUCCUGCGGCAUCACGUUUGGCCACGACGCGAGCAUCACGGGGCCAAAGGACGCGAAGAAGAGGGAUUGGUUGGGUUCGGGCCCCUUGAAGGAGGACGCUGACGACAAUGGCGAAAACGACGCAGUGACGGUGACGUGCACGCGGACCGACGAGCAUCAGGCGUGGAUUGAGUACCUGGUGCUACUGAUUAUCCAGGCUUGGAGAACCGACGUAGAGGGCGAUCUUCUCCAUUUUCUUUUCGGAUCAGUGUGGUCGGGCCAUCGCCAACUAAUUGUCCAGGAACUCGUCAUCCCGCUCGCACAGCUGGUCGACGACGUCUCUCUCGACGUCGUUUCGCAAAGUGACGAGAGUCCGGCUCCGCACGUCCUUACUCGGACCUUGGCCCCGUAUCUUCAGUGGACUGCGUGCUUGGAGGAGCCAGGGAGUGAAAACGCCCUGCCAUCGCGGCAUGAGUACUUGAAGCUGUCCGGAAUCAUCAAUCUUGCCUUCUAUCCGAAGCAAGGUACGUCUGAGGGGGCGGUUGAAGAAGAAGGAGAAGAAGAAGAAGGCGACGCUGAAGAAGAAACGUCGGAGGAGGGGAGUUAUUGUGAGCACAGUGAAGGGGAGAAGAGUGUAGAGAGUGAAGAGGAAGAAGAUGACGAAGAAGAAGAAGACAACGACGAGGAGAAAGCCUUGCCGAAAGAAGCGGCGCGCACAGGCACAGAGGCGGAAGAUCCCGAGGCGGCACGUAAGAGGGAAGAGAUCGCCGCCGGGAAAAGCCAGCUGGAGUUCGCCAGCGGGGCGAACCUGCGCAUCAACGACGACCCGACCCGGGAUCCGAGGCCCCCCAACCCCGAAGAUGGCGACCCAACGGCCACGACUCCGAGCGCAUCGCGACGGAGACGGAGCCGAUCCCCCUCCCCCUCCACCUCAGCCCAUCCCCCAGUUCGUCCACGUACCGAUGUGGGGGAUCGGCAUUCGUCCCCGAUCAUUAUCCUGUUGGCCCCUUGAUUACCUCAACCUCCAUGAGAUCUCUACCCUCUUUAUCUU